CACACCGUCUUCUCCGAACAACGCCUUCCAUGAAGAUGCUAAUAGGAAAAGCAAAUUCCAGAAAUUCUCUCACACUCGGUCGAACAACGCUAUUGGAUUCUCUCUCUCUUUCUCUCUCUCUCAAUUUGGAAUUGAAGUGCAUAAUUCUACUACUACAAGCGAAUCAAGUCAUCGAAACCUGACGGAGAAGCUCACAAGGGUCUGCCACAGCCACCGCCGCCGCUAGAGCCACCGGCGUCACCGGUACUAAUGGGAUGCACCCAGUCUAAGAUCGAAAACGAAGAAGCCGUGUCCAGAUGCAAGGACCGCAGGCAGUAUAUGAAGGGCGCCGUCUCGGCCCGCAACGCCUUCGCGGCGGCCCACUCUGCCUACGGUAUGGCCCUCAAGAACACCGGUGCCGCCCUCAGCGACUACGCCCCCGGUGAAUCCCAUCACCACCACCACCAAUUGCCUGCCGCUGCCCCUCAGCCGCCGAUGGACACCCUCAUUCCGCCGCCACCUCUACCCCACUUUGGCACCCCUGCUUCCCCUGCCCCCCACAUUCCCAUCUCACGCGCUGUUAGUAUGCCCGAAAUCGCCAUCACCAAACCCGACCAUUUCGCCUCCUCUGAAACCAUCGUGGAAGGGGACGAAGACGAGGCCGAUCACGAGGGCAGCAGCAGUAGUUUGAGGAGGAGAAGCAGGGGUAGGUCUGGAAGUAAAAUUAACAAGCCUCCGGAGGUUGCUGAAGACGAGGAUGGCCCGCCACCGCUGCCACCGCAGCCGGAUCCGGAGCUGCAGCCGCAGCGAGAUCACAACCCUCCAGAGGCGUCGAUGAUGGAAGACUCAUGGGACUACUUCUUCAAUGACGAUAACAUGCUGAGGCCGUCGUUGGCUGAGGUGGAUGAAGAUAAGACUGAUAGGGAAGCAAUUGAUCGGAAGAUGUUUGAAGAAAGGUCUAAGAGAAGUGAGGCGCAGGGGCCUGAGAAGAGUGAGGUCCAGGCAGUGGAGAAGGAGGUGGAGCCAUCUCCGUUGGCUCCAACUCCGCCGUCUCCAACAGCGACAGUGACAAUGGGGGCGAAGACGGUGAAGAAGGGAAAACUCGUUUCGAGUUUGGUGAAGAUAUUUAGUAAUCUUGAUGAUCAUUUUCUGAAGGCAUCGGAAAGUGCCCAUGAGGUUUCAAAGAUGCUUGAGGCCAAUCGGUUGCACUAUCACUCUAAUUUUGCUGAUAAUCGAGGGCAUAUUGAUCACUCUGCCAGAGUCAUGCGUGUUAUUACAUGGAAUCGGUCCUUUAGGGGUUUACAAAAUCAAGAUGAUGCAAAUGAUGAUUUUGACUCUGAAGAGCAUGAAACUCAUGCCACAGUGUUGGAUAAACUGCUUGCAUGGGAAAAAAAGCUUUAUGAUGAAGUGAAGGCAGGUGAGCUUAUGAAAUUCGAGUAUCAGAGAAAGGUUGCUUUACUGAACAAACAAAAGAAACGUGGUACUAACUCGGAGGCAUUGGAGAAAACAAAGGCUACUGUCAGUCAUCUGCAUACGAGAUACAUUGUUGACAUGCAGUCCAUGGAUUCAACAGUCACAGAAAUAAACCGUUUGCGAGAUAAUCAAUUGUACCCAAGACUGGUUGCACUUGUUGAUGGGAUGGCAGCAAUGUGGCGAACAAUGCAUUCACAUCAUGAUCAUCAGUCAAAAAUUGCGAUGGCUUUGAGAUCUCUGGACACCUCUCAAGCUCCUAAAGAGACAAGCGAGCACCACCAUGAGCGCACCAUCCAGCUGUGGGCUGUCGUCCAAGAGUGGCAUUCACAGUUUGAAAAACUUAUGACCCAUCAGAAAGAGUACGUAAGGGCACUUAACAGCUGGUUGAGACUAAAUCUUAUUCCGAUUGAGAGCAGUUUGAGGGAGAAGGUUUCUUCCCCACCAAAACCUCAAAAUCCUCCAAUUCAGCCCCUCCUACAAGCUUGGCAUGAUCAUCUUGAGAAGCUUCCAGAUGAGGGUGCAAAAUCUGCCAUAAACAACUUUGCUGCCGUCAUCAAUACAAUAGUAGAACAUCAAGUAGAAGAGAUAAAAUUGAAGUUAAAAUGUGAGGACCUUGAAAAGGAGCUUAACCGCAAGAAAAGACAAUUUGAAGACUGGUACAAAAAGUACACGCAGCGGAGAACACAAUCAGAUGAGAGUCAGCCAGGGGGAGAAGAUGGUAUUGACGAUGAAGCCAUUGUGGAGAGGCGGGUUGCAGUGGAGGCUUUGGAGAAUAGGUUGGAGGAGGAGAAGGAAGCGCACAAGAAGCAGUGCACUCACGUGAGGGAAAAGUCUCUAGUGAGUCUUAGAACUCGCUUGCCAGAACUCUUCCGGGCAAUGUCAGAAUUUGCUCAAGUUUGUUCUGAGAUGUAUACAAACCUAAGGUCCAUUUCACAAUCUCGGAAUCCAGAUGGGAGUUCAUCACGAGAUUGGUAGGUUGCCCCACUUUGUAUAAUUAAUUUAUUUGUGCUGUAUAAUCUGAAAAACAUGUAUCUUUUGCUCUUGUGAUUAUUAUUAUUUUUUUCUUCACAGUUUUUGCUUCUCACAAAAUCACCAAUAAUGUGUUCAUGAAUCCUAUUGGUGAACAGAUGUUAAUAGGGAUACUUCCUUUUCCCCUUGUGUCUGUUUUACAUUCCCGGACUUUCUUAGUACUCCCAAAUGAUAAAGAACAGGGGUGCCCAUAUGUAUGCGGUAGCCCCUCCUUAUCUGUUUGAA